GCUGAAGACAACCUGAAGCGUAAGGUCAGAAACAGAUCCAACCGUGCUGACUCGGUUAAUAUGCACAUACUUCAAGCCUCCACUGCAGAGAGGUCCAUUCCAACUGCUCAGAUGAAGCUGAAAAGAGCUCGACUCGCAGAUGACCUCAAUGAAAAAAUUGCUCUCCGGCCAGGACCACUGGAGCUGGUGGAGAAGAACAUACUCCCUGUUGAUUCUGCUGUAAAAGAAGCCAUAAAAGGUAACCAGGUGAGCUUCUCCAAGUCAGCGGAUGCAUUUGCCUUUGAAGAGGACAGCAGCGAUGGGCUUUCUCCAGAUCAGACUAGAAACGAAGACCCACAGGGCUCAGCAGCAUCCCCCCAAGACACUAAAGCUACAGAGACCCCUCUCACAGGUCCCUUGGGGACAAUCCAGGACCUUACUUCCAGCUCAGAAAAUGAGAGGAAUGACUCAAGCUCGCAGCUUGGCAACCAGUCAGACACGGGGAAGCAGAGCCUGGGCCCCCUCAGCACCCCUAUCCCAGCGCAUGCUGCUGUAAAGUCUAAAUCCUUGGGUGACAAUAAGAACCGCCACAAAAAACCCAAGGACCCUAAGCCAAAGGUGAAGAAACUCAAAUAUCACCAGUACAUUCCCCCGGAUCAAAAGGCUGAGAAGUCUCCUCCGCCCAUGGACUCAGCCUAUGCCCGGCUGCUCCAGCAGCAGCAGCUGUUUCUGCAGCUCCAGAUCCUCAGCCAGCAGCAGCAGCAGCAGCAACACCGGUUCAACUACCCCGGGAUUCACCAAACUCAGCUCAAGGAACCAAAUGAACAGAUGGCCAGAAAUCCAAAUCCAAACUCUUCAUCAGCACCACUGGGCAAUACCCCUUUGUCUCCUGUCAAAAACAGUUUUUCUGGACAAACUGGUAUCUCUUCUCUCAAACCAGGCCCACUGCCAUCAAAUCUAGAUGACCUGAAGGUCUCAGAAUUAAGACAACAGCUUCGAAUACGGGGCUUGCCCGUGUCAGGCACCAAGACAGCGCUCAUGGACCGCCUGCGACCCUUCCAGGACUGUUCUGGAAACCCCAUGCCAAACUUCGGUGAAAUCACCACUGUCACUUUUCCUGUUACACCCACCAGCGCGCUGCCCAAUUACCAGUCCUCGCCCUCCACCAGUGCCUUAUCCAACGGAUUCUACCACUUUGGAAGCACCAGCUCCAGUCCCCCCAUCUCCCCCGCCUCAUCUGACUUGUCAGUGGCAGGGUCCCUGCCGGACACUUUCCCCGACGGGUCCCCCUCCUUCGGCCUGCACCCGUCCCCCAUUCACGUCUGCGCCGAGGAGAGCCUCAUGAACAGCCUGAACGGGGGCUCCAUUCCUUCGGAGCUGGAUGCACUGGACUCCGAGAAGGACAAGAUGCUGGUGGAGAAGCAGAAAGUGAUAAACGAGCUGACCUGGAAACUGCAGCAAGAACAGAGGCAAGUGGAGGAGUUGAGGAUGCAGCUGCAGAAGCAGAAAAGGAACAGUUGUGCUGACAAGAAGCCACUGCCUUUCCUGGCCGCCCCCAUCAAGCAGGAGGAUGCCGUCUCCAGCUGUCCUUUUGCAUCCCAACAAAUACCUGUGAAAAGACAAAGCCACAGCUCAGAGGGCCAGCCUCCUGCUUGUGAAGCUGCUCCACUCCUGUCCCUUGGGAACACUCACUGUGUGGACUCCUCAGGGCAAACCACCGUACUUUCUUCCACCUUUCUCAGCCCGCAGUGUUCCCCUCAGCAUUCACCACUUGGGGCAGUGAAAAGCCCCCAGCAUAUCAGUUUGCCCCCUUCGCCAAACAACCAUUAUUACCUACCUUCAUCUUCAGGCGCUCAAGGGGAAGGGCACAGGGUCUCCUCACCUGUCAGCAGCCAGGUGUGUACUGCACAGAAUUCAGGGGCACAUGAGGGCCACCCUCCAAGCUUCUCUCCCCAGCCCUCCAGCCUCCAUCCCCCUUUCUCUGGAGCCCAGGCAGACAGCAGUCAUGGUGCUGGGGGAACCCCUUGUCCCCAAAGCCCAGGUGUACAGCAAAAGGUGGCCGGUUUACACUCUUCUGAUCAGGCAGGACCAAAGUUUUCGAUUCCAUCUCCCACUUUCUCUAAGUCAACUUCAGCAGUGGCAGAGAUAACACAGCCACCAUCCUACGAAGAUGCAGUAAAACAGCAAAUGACUCGGAGUCAGCAGAUGGAUGAACUCCUGGAUGUCCUCAUUGAAAGUGGAGAAAUGCCUGCUGAUGCCAGAGAGGACCAUUCAUGUCUUCAGAAAGUCCCAAAGAUCCCCAGGUCUUCCCGAAGCCCCGCUGCUCCUCUCCCCAAGCCCUCCGCUUCCUUUGAACAAGUGUCUUCAGGCAGCCAGCUCUCUUUCGAUCACUAUGGCACCGACAGCGAUGAGCAUCUUGAAGUCUUAUUAAAUUCCCAGAGUCCCUUAGGAAAGGUGAGCGAUGUUGCCCUUCUUAAAAUUGGGAGUGAGGAGCCGCCUUUUGAUGGGAUAAUGGAUGGAUUCUCUGGGAAGACCGCAGAAGACCUUUUCAGCGCACACGAGAUCCUGCCAGGUCCUCUUUCCCCAAUGCAGACUCAGUUUUCACCCUCAUCUGUGGACAGCAAUGGGCUGCCGUUGAGCUUCACUGAAUCUCCUUGGGAAACCAUGGAGUGGCUAGACCUCACUCCACCAAGUUCCACCCCAGGCUUCAGCUCCCUCCCCACCAGUGGCCCCAGCAUCUUUAACAUUGAUUUCCUGGAUGUCACAGAUCUCAAUUUGAAUUCUCCCAUGGACCUUCACUUGCAGCAGUGGUAG